CAUCCCACAAUACCAAGGGGCCAGAGCACAGUAUUCUAACUCGUGAAAGGGACCCAGGCACCUAUGCGCAAAGAGCAGCCCGGAUGAUGUCUUUUGCGCGCCCGCUCUUCAAUGACAGAGUCUCCGCAGAGAAGAAGAGAUGGUCCGUGCUCCUGGACUUUGCCGUGUCCAUGACCCCAGGCUCGUCCCGUUUGUUCCCGUAGUGCUGCUGCUGCUUCACUUCUGUGACUCUUUCAAUCUGGACACAGAGCAACGUGUAGUCUUUAGUGGACCCCCGGGAAGUUAUUUUGGUUAUUCGGUUGAGUUUUUCGGCAAUGCAUCCAGUUUCAAUGUUUUGGUUGGCGCUCCAAAAGCCAACACCAGCCAGCCCCACGUCAUUGAAGGAGGAGCCGUUUUCAUGUGUCCCUGGAGCAAAUCCAACUGUACAAUUAUCGACUUUGACAAGCACGGUGAUCGCUAUUUUUCCAUAGAAGAAGAGUUAACUCAGGUUGAAUUCAAGUCUCAUCAAUGGUUUGGAGCUACCUUGCAUUCCCAUGGAAACAACAUACUGGCCUGCGCUCCCAGGUAUUACUGGCGAACAGAACACGACAUUCCUUUUGCAGAUGUUACAGGAACGUGCUACCUCUCUGUCGACAGUUUCCGAUCCUUUGUGGAGUACGCCCCCUGUAGAACAGAAAGACAUGGACCUGCUGGACAGGGCUAUUGUCAAGGGGGGUUUAGUGCAGACUUUACCAAGAAUGGGAGGAUUGUGCUUGGAGGACCUGGCAGCUUUUACUGGCAAGGUCAGCUGAUCUCUGCCACCACUGAGGAAAUAGUUAAGGCCUAUUUUCCCUCUUACUUCCUGCUGUUUGUGGAUGGGCAGAAGCAAACUGGACAAGUUCAGAGCAGCUAUGACGACAGCUAUCUAGGAUACUCUGUGGCGAGUGGUGAAUUCAGUGGCGAUAAUGAGGAAGAUUUUGUCACGGGGGUUCCUAAAGGACUCUUGUUGUACGGUCUAGUCUCUAUAUUAGAUGGAAAGGACCUGACGUACCUGGUGAACCUGACAGGAGAGCAGAUGGGCUCCUACUUUGGCUACGCGGUGGCAGUCACAGACAUCAACAGCGACGGUCUGGAUGACGUGGUUGUGGGGGCUCCACUCUUCAUGCGCCGGAGGCCUGCUGGACAGUUGGAAGAACUGGGCAAAGUCUAUGUGUACCUACAGAAAGGGCCCCUCCAUCUCGAACUCAGUCGCAUGAAUCCUGUGGGCUCCCAGGCCUUUAGCCGCUUUGGAACCUCUUUAGCUCCACUUGGUGAUCUGAACCAGGAUGGCUUCAAUGAUCUUGCUAUCGGCUGUCCAUUUGGAGGAGAAGACCAGCAGGGAUUAGUUUUUAUUUAUAAUGGUCAUGAGAAAGGCUUGGAGGACAUGCCCACACAGACUCUCUCAGGUCAAUGGGCAUCCAGGGCUUUUCCAGCUGGUUUUGGCUUCUCACUUCGUAGUAACAAAGAUGUGGACCAAAAUGGCUACCCAGAUUUGCUUGUUGGUGCUUUUGGUGCAGAUAAAGCAGUGUUAUACAGAGCACGUCCCAUUGUGAAUGUUAAUAGUACGCUGAUAGUCCACCCUACCAUGUUCAUCCCAGAGGAGAAAGCCUGUGUAUUGACGAGUGGAGACAAGACUGUUCCAGUGUCAUGUGUGAGCAUCAGUUUCUGCCUGCUGGCUAAUGGGAAGCACCUCCCCUCUCGUCUAGGAUUCGUUGUUGAAAUUCAGCUGGACAAUGUGAAGUUGAACCAGAAGGAAUCAACCAGGAGAACUCUGUUUUUGGACAGUAAGGAGUCGAGUUUAGUGAAGAACUUCAGCCUGGAGACCAAUGGAGACAGCGUGUGCCAUGACUCAAAAAUCUACCUUCUGAAUGAGGCAGACUUUCGAGACAAACUUUCUCCCAUUUACAUCAGCCUAAACUUCAGCCUGGAUCCCCAAGCCCCAGUGGACGAGCACGGUCUGAGCCCAGUCCUCAACCACCACGUUCAAUCGCUCAUACAGCAGCAGGCUCACAUUCAGCUGGACUGUGGAGAAGACAACAUCUGUGUCCCUGACCUGAAGUUGGCUGUUUAUGGUGACAAGACUGUUGCAUACCUUGGGGAUGAAAACACUUUGACCCUGAUCUUUAAUGCGGUGAAUGAAGGAGAGGGAGGAGCCUAUGAAGCAGAGCUAUAUGUGUUUCUACCUCCGGAUGCAGAUUACAGUGGGAUUGCACGGAACAAUGAUACACUGACACAGCUGACGUGCAGCUACGAGGCCCAGAAUGACACGCGUUAUCUCAUAUGUGAUCUGGGAAACCCCAUGAAGUCAGGGAGCAAUAUAUGGGCUGGCCUUCGUUUCACUAUACCCAGAUUAAAGGACACAUAUAAAGUCGUGCAGUUUGAGUUACAAAUACGAAGCAAAAACGUAAACAAUUCUGAGAGUGAAGUGGUGGUGUAUGAGCUGGAGGUAGCUGCCCUGGCUGAUGUCCUCUUGCAGGGUGUUUCUCGUCCAGAUAAAAUCCUGUUUCCCCCGCCCAGCUGGAGGAUGAGUCAGGGUCUGCGUGAGGAGCAGGAUGUGGGACCAGAGCUUCAGCACGUUUUUGAAUUGGUGAACAAUGGCCCCAGUGUGAUCAGCCAGUCAUCUCUGGAGGUGAGAUGUCCCCUGAGGGCACAGAGCCAUGGGCUGCUGUACCCUGUGGAACUGGUCACAGAAGGACCACUGACCUGCUCUUCACAGCACACCUUCAAUGCACUGAAACUUAAGCUGCAGCCUCUAGGCCCACAGGUGACAACACAACUCAAACCCAGCAUAGAGCACCGGGUCCAGAGAAGAGAUGCCCACCCUCUGGCUGAACAUGGAAACCUGACUUGUAGCACAGUGGAGUGCUGGAGGCUGCAGUGUGCUGUAGGGCAGUUGGGGCGAGGGGACAGCGCCAUCCUCACUAUCCGCUCCAGACUGUGGGCGGAAACCUUUGUUGAGAGAAUCUACAAACAGUACAUUGUGGAGUGCUCUGUGCAUUAUAAGGUGGAAAAGAUGCCUUACUCUAUUCCACCAUUAUUCACAUCAUCAGCAUCAAAAAAGCCUUUAUCAGUGUGAUGUGUCUCAGAAGAUGUAAAUGCAGAGGGCUCAUGGCGUAGAGGGCACUACCAUUUCCAAUGUCCAAGUUGACAACAGUUGGUGAUUUUCAUUUUCAUGUUGUUGAGUCUCUGUUCAUAUGCAAGUGUGUCACGUCUUUUCAGCUCAGUUAGGCAAGCAGCGUUCUAGCCAAUGCAAGUUUUCUUCACAACUGAAGAAAUGUCUGUUUUCAGUCCAUUAAUGAAGUAGUUACACAAGUAUAUUUCCCAACAUUAAUGAAGUAGUUACACAAGUAUAUUUCCCAAACAUCACGAGUAACGCCUAAGUGAUCGGGUCUUAUAAAUCCAGUGUGGGGUUUAUACACUUCUGUUAAACAUAUGAGAAACUCUUCAAGGUCCUCAGUGUCUCUUUGUUUGCAGGAUUGGAUUUUGUCUGUAUUGAUGGAGGCAGGGAAGGCUUUUGUGAUAGCUGUGCAGAUGUUGUUCACAGCUUCUCUAUAUAAAGCAUUGGAGUCAUAUUUCCAGUCCACAUGAUUGCAUCACAGUUCAGUGUUCUGAAGUUGAGCAGCUAUUUUAUGCCAUAGGUUUCAUUUUCAUGAUCGACACUCUCUUCACUUUAUUUAUUUAUCUGUUUAUCUAUCUAUCUAUCUAUCUAUCUAUCUAUCUAUUUAUUUAUUUAUAAUAUAACAAUAAAAAAAACACACUAGAAAUCUUGACAAAAGGCGAAAAGCACUUUAGCAGAGGUCUGACCUGAUGUUGUGGGGGUGGUGGAGCUUUGAGCUGUGAGAAGUUGUUUGCUUUUGGUUGGAUUUGGAUUACUCUGUUAUUGUCCCAUGUUGUAGAGUUAUUUGGUGAAGGAUCAGGCAGCAACUGUUGAGACAAAGAGUUUUGUGAGUGGGACUGUUUCAAGUCACACAUUUCAGUUGCAUUUGCACUUAUUUUUCAAUGCAAGAACAUUCUUUAAAGUGAAUGCACCAAAUCCUGAAGACUUCUUAUCUCUACAUUUUCUUCUCAAAAAUCAAUAAAGGGACCUUCUAGUGGUGCAUACUCCCUUGGAGUUUUGCUCCCCAUUUUUGUUUUAGCACUUGCAUAUAGCUUAGUUUCAGUAGCUCAAAGAAUGAGUGACCUAGUAUGUCCCAAAGGUGAGGAAAAAUUAACACUGAGGGAUGUUUUUUGUUGGCACUGUAUUUGCAGCAUGUUGUUACAGCAGCAUUGUGGUACACACAUGAGAUUUUGGAGCCAAAAAGAUUGAAAAAGGUCAAUUAAGUAAUCAUAUAUGGGAUAGUAAUAAUAAUAAUAAUAAUGAUAGUAAUAUUGGAAUUGUCUCAGGUAGAAAUCAUAUUAAUUUACACAAAGACAGAUUGAGAGAAAUAUUUUCUUCACAAUACAAGUUUCCGUCAGAGUCGUAUCAUGUAUUUUUUCCUUCAAAGCAGGUUAGUGUCCAAUCAUUUAUGUGCUAGCAAAAUCUGUCUGAAAAUUGUCUGAAUUGUUUGAA